AAACAGAAGAUUUGUAGAGUAUUUACGUAAAUUCAAGUAAAAAUAGAGAAUUAUAACAAAUAUUCAAUAUAAUUUAAGUAAAGAAAUAUAUAAUCAUAAGAUUAGAAAUGACUUCAGGCAGUUCAGGAGCUGUAUUCUUUUUAGGAACCAGAGCCCAUUAUCAGGUGCUAGACCAGCCUGAGUCAAGGUUUGAUUCCGAGAACGGCAACACAUCAACGGAGACGAUAUACCAGAACCACAGCAGUCAGGAGCUGUGGCCCAAGCCACAGACCAGCUACGAUGACGUCGACAGGAGGAAUUGGAACUGUGAAGGUGACGUCACUGUGACAUACGAAAAAGAAAAGCAAGAAAUAGGUGUUGGAGUGAAGAGGCGGACCAAAAGACGUCAGAGCGAGGCCGCGCUCUGCGAGGAGCUACGUCCUGCGGCACUCAACUGUCUUGCUGAUAAUGAGGUGCCGAAGCCCAAACCUCGUCGUGUUUCCUUGCUGAACUUCCUAAGUUCGCUGGCUCGUCGCAAACCACGGCUGGAGUCCGAUCAAGUGCAAUAUCUGCGCCAUCUGGAGAGCGCACUCACUAACUGCACCUACAGGGAAUCCUGCCGCUGUCUCGACUGUCAGAGUCGAUAUUUCGAAUGCGACGAAAGCGAUGAAGAGUAUAGUUCCGACGAGAGCGAGUACACGCCACGGUAUACCGUCCAUCCUGAGCCAAUCGUCGAACAUGAUAAUGAUGACUCUGAUGAUGAGGUGUUUACAAACUCUGUGGCUGGUGAUAACACAUCGACUGAUCUUCUGCUCGACACCAAGGAGAAGAUGUCAAUCUCCUCUGACCCGCUGGACGAGGAGGCAGGCCUAGAACUCGAGGUGGCGGCCGGAACUCCCGUGCUGCUCAACUAUCUCCUCACUCAUCCCAUCACAUGUUCCAUUCAGUAAUCGU